AUGGCAGGGCAGGGCAAGAAACCGCACUUGUCCGGAUACAAUUAUGGCGCCAUCUCCUCUCUUGUGUUGACUGCCGACCGGUCAGCUCUCCCUCGUCGCAACAAGGAGCCAAAUGGUGCACCAACUUCACUCGUUGGUCGUGUCAAUCCUCGCGAUAUGGGCUCCCACGUUCAGUGCGAAACGCCCAAGGACCUCGAAAAGAAGAAAAAGAAGGCUUCCGACGGCCAAGAUGCGUCUGAGAAGCAGCCUGCCAAACGAAAGACACAGGCCACUGGGUUUGGGUACACCGACAUUAUCGAGGCAACCCAGGAUGUGGAGGGCCUUACUUAUUGA